CGACCCAGCUUCGAUCUUUACCCGCUUGCAACUCUUCAGCAUCUAAUUCUUUGGCACACGCAAGAGUUCACUGGCAAUUACCUAUCUCGUCGUACCUCUACACGAACCUGCAUCAUUAGCAUGUUCUAGCCAGGAACAUAGCUUAGCAAGGAUGGAAGUUCGUCCCCAGGCUCGGGUGCCUCCACGACCGGUCCUCGAAGAGGCAUCCAUGCGAACAAACUAUUCCAUAAGUCAGAACUCUGCUACUCCACCCAACUAUCAACAUGGAGGUUUGAAAACCGAGAACAUCCGACCCGCCCAGCCUCAGAAAACUCGCCGGGAUAUUCCCGUGAGCAGUUCUCAUGUUCCGUUAAACCCGCGACUUUAUGAAAUCCGUGAAGAGGCACAAAGUACGCCUCAGAGCAAGCGAGAGUCUCAAGCAUCAACCGCUUCGUACAAAUCAUCCAGCUCGAAUACUUUCCGCAAACCGAAGACGCACGUUGGACCUUGGCAGUUGGGAAAAACUCUCGGCAAAGGCUCAUCUGCGCGCGUCAGAUUGGCACGCCACACCUCAACUCAUCAGUAUGUAGCCGUCAAGAUCGUCGCCAAGAGCACUUGCAAAAUGACCCAAGCGGGCAGCUUAGCAAAGUUGGACGAGAUUGACAGUGCGGCGCCGGAAAAAGUGGAAGGCAUGCGGCGGAUGCCUAUAGCCCUUGAGCGCGAGGUGGCUAUUCUGAAGUUGAUCGAGCACCCCAACAUCGUAAAGCUUUACGACAUCUGGGAAAACAGCAAUGAGAUAUACUUGAUUUUGGAAUACGUUGAAAGAGGCGACCUCUUCGACUUCAUUAGUAAACAUGGGCCAAUGCCUGAGGAGGAGGCUAUAUUUGUUUUCCGCCAGAUCAUGAGUGCUCUUGAGUACUGCCACUCAUAUGGGAUCUGCCACCGCGACUUGAAGCCAGAGAACAUCUUGCUCAAAAGCAAUGGUCAAGUCAAGAUCGCAGACUUUGGCAUGGCGGCUCUUCACCAGGGUCCUCGCACGCCCCUCUGGACAUUUUGCGGAAGUCCACACUACGCAGCUCCAGAGCUACUUCGUGAGAAGGCUUACCGUGGGGAGAAGUCAGAUAUCUGGAGCAUGGGAGUUAUCCUAUUCGCGAUGAUGGCUGCCCGCUUGCCUUUCGAUGACGAGGACAUGAACCUCAUGUUUGCCAAAGCAAGAAAGGCAAUCUACCAUAUGCCAUCCUUUUUCAGUGACGAGGCAAAGGAUCUUAUCCAUCGUUUGCUUCAGGUUGACCCGAGAAAGAGGCUCUCCAUGAGGCAGAUGUGGCAGCACCCCGUAGUGUGGAAAUACGGCUAUCUCGAUGAGCUCGGGGGCGAAGGAAUUCCCGAAGUUCCGAACCCUAGAACUCGACAGGAGAUCAAGCCUUUGGAUUUGUGCGACAUUGACCCUCAGAUCUUGCGACCGAUACAGUCGAUGUGGCACACAUUGUCUGAAGAUGAGCUGGUCAAAAAGCUGAUCAGCGACGAUCCGAACGAUCAGAAGCUCUUCUACUGGCUGUUGAAUAGCUAUCGUGAAAGACAACUGGAGAACUACGAUCCUAGCUUGACACAUUCUCCCAGUGAUUACCAUCACAUCCGUCCUCCGCUGUGGUUGACUAAGGUCUCAACACGCCAGUUCAUGACGAACAAGGCCAAUGGUCAGGGACGUAGCAUCUCCAAAUUCACAGUGAUCUCGAACGUGACGGAAACAGGAACAGGAGCAAAUCUCGGUACAGUUCGAAGCUAUGAUCCGUACAAAUCUCCAGCAGUGAAACAGCCGCAGGCGACACACGCCAGGAUUGUCAUACACCGCGAUUCCACGGACACAGAUCGAAACGCAGCCUCACUGGGAUCUACCUCCCACCGUAGACCUAGGGCUAAUUCCACCGGAAGUUGGAAGCGCCCGGCGCGUAGAAGUCAGCUGGGCAGCCGAAUCCUCACACCACGGAGCACUGCUAGCUCAGUUCAGAGCAGCAGGAAGUUUCAUGCUCGCUCGCGAACCAGCUCCCGCCAGAAGAGAGCUAUGGACUUCUCCACUGCUCGCAGGAAGGCGGCAGCAGCAAAACUCAGCAAUCAACAGACUUUGCUUGGUACUGAUGGCAGCAAGACGGUGACUGGAUGGAACAUACAAUGUUCCUCAGAUCCUGAUAUUCCGGGAGAUACUGCUGACAGCAGCAAUGCCAGGUUGAGGUCCAAGGAUCGCCUGCACGAGGAGCUGCGACACUUUAGCAGCAGCAUUGCCAAGGACUGUGACGAGGCUUUCAAUAGCUCUCUUCUUUCUGUGUCCCAGUUUGACGGCGAUCGGUCAAGACAAGGCUCUCCUUUUUCCUUGAGCCUGGGCACACCUGUGUCUGCAACUCCAGUCACACCUGUGGUCACACCAACGAUUCCUCGUCCGUCAGCGCGACCAUGGGACUCGCGGCCGCUGCCGCCAACUCCCCCUUCUUCGAGCCAUGAGAAGGAAUCCGCCGUCAACUUUGGCGAAAACCCAAGCAUUCUUGCCAGACGAGGUCAGCCUCCCACCCAGGGCUAUAAUCUUAGAUCCGGGCCGGUAGCAAUGACCCCGACACCAUCUGAUCGUCGCGUAGUCUCCGCACCUGUUCACGGUGGUCAAUAUGGAGGUUGCGCUACCGGGAAAUUGCCUUCAAUCGAAGAAGCUACUCCAAAUACAAUUCAGGACGAGGUAAACAGAUCGAGGAUCGUGUCACUGCCCGCAAAACCAGUCGCUACGGCCCCAACCUCAAAUGAAGCUAGGGGACUGGAGUUUCUGUCAAAUGCAGAGCAGACAAUUCGGAUCGUUCAUUCGCCAUCUGCCCAGCGCGAGUCCGGGAUCACUCGUCGCCCCCAUCCCAUUCAGGCCAAUGCCAAGCCUUCAAAAAUGGUGGGAACGUCAACUGGACCUGUUAAGCAGGCUUCUAUCGACCUUUACCACGCAGAUGACUCCAUCAUCAGCCAUAGGAAUGCCCAACUUGCGCAAACCUCAUCCCAUGGCAGUGCUUCAACAUUUGCUAUGCGGAAGAAAACGUCCUCUUGGUUCAAACGACUCUCUAGAGAGUCUAAGGGCUCCAAGGGCUCACUCUGCGAUGAAUUGGAUGAUACAAAGAGCAUCGACGUACCGCAUGGUCUUACAUCAGGACCUAUCAAGAAUGAGCGGGACAACUCAAGCAUCAACAUGAGCCAUCGCCCACCGGAGAAGACUUCGAAUAAGAAGAAAAGUUUUUUCUUGCCAUUUUGGCGGCACAAAUCUGAGCCAAGAAUGUCACUGGCAGAGCCCGACUUCGAGGAAAGUCCAAGCCCAGAAACCAACGCGGCGGUAAAGUCGCACAAGACCAGUGGAAACAAUCUACUUAACUUCGGUGACGCCGAGUCUGCUGAGCGCAUGAUCAAGCCACAGCAGAACUGGCUUGCACGUCUGUUCAGAGUCAAGCCGGUGACAAGGGUUAUCUGCCUUUCGAUUUCUCGGCGCCGAGCCCGUCAGGAGGUAGCCAUUCUUUUGCGUGAUUGGCGCAAGUAUGGCAUUCGUGAUGUGGAGGUUGACAAGAAACGUAAUGUUGUUUUUGCGCGUCUAAGCAGCAAGAAUCACCUCAACAUCAAGGAGGUCGCACUCGCGUGCGAGAUCAUAACAGUAAUCGAGCACGGCAAACGUAACCACCUCAGCAUUGUUCGAUUUACACAAGAGAAGGGCGCCGCUAGCAGCUUCCAAAGGGUUGUCGAUACGAUGCGGGACGUGUUAGGCAACCGCAAUCUUCUUGUUACUGACAAGAGCAAGGCAAAAAUGAUGAUCAAAACCUUGAAUUCGUGAAGUCGGCGAAUCGCCGACACUUCACGUAGGCACCCAACAACCCUCCUCUCCCUUCUUGAACUUUUUGACUUUUGUUUUCCCCGGUGUAUGCACCGUGUCUUGCCUGAACAGUAUCUUAGGCUGAGAUAAAGGCGCUCUGGGUGUUAAUGGAUGUUAUAACAAAGCUGAAUUUGGCAGCACAAAAAAGCCAGUUACGAGAUGGGCUUUUGACCAGCCGCCAACCCCAUUCCAUCUUGGAAGCCCGUGGCAGCUUGGACUUUUAGAAUCUCAGUGCUGAUGAUCAGACUACCAGAUCAAGCGGGUAUGUUUGUGUUUGAUGGUGCUACUUGGGAGCUUACUUGCUCAUUGUUUGGACAUGGCAGUACAAAUGUGUAGUGGGACGAUUUCUUUUUAGUAUGUGGAUGGGGAUGGUCAUCAAAAAUCAAGAGAGGAGGGGAAGUUGGUGUGGGAUCCUCUGAUUGUAUCGAGAUGAGGCUGAAGCUUGACGAUUGUUAUUCAUGGGAUGAGUGAGUGGGGGACCACAGCUGGUCAUAAUUGGGACUGUUGGAAGACAUCUGGGAAGCCUUUAAUAUCCAGGCAGCAUAGACGCAGUCACUGAUGUCUUUUCAUAUGCUAAAUCGAGGUGCACAAUAACCUG